CAGCAGAAAUCAAAAAAUGCUGAACACUGGGUGAUUUCGAGUCGCUAAAUAAUUUGGAGUUUAAAAGCUACUUUAGUCAUACUAAUUAAUCCUGGAGAGAAGCGGAAGACGGCGCCAAGAUGAUCGUUGAGAAGGAGCACCCGCUGGACAACUGCCAGGUGUUCGUCCAACUGAGGAAAUGCUUGCACGAUUACGGGCAGAACGCCAAGAGCCUGAAGAGUCUCGUCUACUGGAGCGGCAACGAUGAGCACAUUGCGCAGAUCUGCGAUCUGGUGGCUGGAAUACUGACGGAGCACGAGCUGGUCCGCCAGGAGCCACAUGCCAAGCGACCCGACCAGCUGGUCACCCAGCCAAAUGGGCCGGUUGCCAUGAAUCACCUGCGUGGACUACUCGUCUACCUGGUGUUGAAUACGAGCAACGAGGCCGAGCCCCAGUGGAGCUCCCAGGUCAUCCACUUGUGCCACCAGCUGCCGGCCAUCCCACAGUUCCUGACCAUUGCCAUAGCCCUGCGGUGUGGCCUCCAGCAGCCGCUGGAGGAGUUCCUUGCCUGCGGACCCCGUUGGCUCACCACCCAGUACUUUGAGGCGUUCAAUGAGACGCUAUCGCACAUUCAUCCAGAUCUCCUUGAUGCUCUGCCUCUGGUCUUUGGCGUCCUCAAGGCAGCUGGCCGGGCCAUUAUCCAUCAUAAUCUGCCCGAGGAGAACAAGAGGCUGCUGCGCCAGAUGGCCAGCAUGCUGCAGCGCCAUCUCCUGGACUCCAACGAGCGGCUCAAGACAUUGCCGCGAGCAGCCACGCGAAGGAUUUACCUGGCCCAGGUCAUGCAGCAGCUGCUGGAAGUCCUCCUGGAGACCCUGAGCAAUCCGAAGGGACGCCAGAAGCCCAAGAGCUUCAGCAUAUAUAGCCAAAUGAGCGUGGACAUCAGUGGCAGCUACUCAAACGAUCCCAUGGCAGACCUGCGCCUAUAUGGCCUUAUCCUCCUGGACGCCCUGCAGCGUAUUUUGCAGCUUAUCAGCGUGGACACCUUCAUGUACUGGCUGGAGAUUCCAUCGAAGCGCUUGCUCUACAGCUACCAGGAGCUAAUCUGCAGCCAGACGGCCGAGUUGCUAAAGCUAGUCCAGCAGGAUGAGGAACUCGGACAGCAUUCGGUCUGCAAGCAGAUGCAAAGCUUUGCCGAGGCAGCCAAAAGCUUUGAAGAUUGCCUCGCGGAGCUGACACUUGGUGAGCUGUUGAACUUCCUCGACGGCGAUCUGGGCGAUGUAACCAAUGAGCAGCUGCUCGCCGGGCUGGACAACCUCUUUGGCCGCUCCAUAGCCUUUGGCAACGAUGAAUGCGUGGAGACAAUGGGAAAACAUCUACAGCUGCUCACCGCAAAGCACUCCGGAUUGAUUCUGGUGUUCUUAAGUCAGGUGGUGGAGGCCAAAAUGGAGAUCCCAGACGAGGGCAUAUCCAUUACGGAAGUGAAGCAGGAGAGGGAGCACGAGGAUGAGGAGAACGAGCAACCGAUGUCUGUCAGCGGGGACGAAGAGGAGGAGGAUGAGUAUGCCAGCCUGCUGAACCUAGUGCUGCGUCCCCUGUUUCAGCAGCUCCCUGUGCCGGAUAAGAUUCAGCUGCUGCAAACGCGCGAUGAGCUCAAAGUGACUGAUGGGUUUAAGUUCGAGGCUCCCGAUCACCAGGAGCGUCGCAUACGCUUCUUCAAUCGCUUGGAUGCCAACAAGACGUUCCCACUGGACGAGUUCCUGGGACUGUGCUAUGAGAACGCCAAGCAGACGUGGCUGGAUUUCGCACGGCUGGCCGUAACGCACCCUCGCUUCAUGCUUCUUUUUUGGCGACUGGCUUGCCACAGUUGUCCCAAGCACGCCGCUUACAAUAUUUCCGGCUGUGCCAGGGAAAUCUUGCUGGACGAGCAACUGCUGCUCAAGCCCAACGCCCUACGCUUCCUAAACUCUUUGUAUGGUCACCUGCAGAUCCUUAAUGGCCUGCAUAUGGAAUCGAGUGUGCUUUGCGUUGGCCUGAAAGACGGCGCGUGUCCCUACGAAAAGGAGACGCUGAAGCAGGCGCAGUGCAACUUCCUUGAGGCCUGUGCCGCCGGCCUGGCCAAGUUCAGUGAGCCCUUGAACUUCACCAGCCUGCAGCUCAUCCUGCGCCUUCUGCUGGGGAUCACAGUGGCCGAGAAGCAGAUAAAUGUCCAAGGGUUGAGACAGCUGCGCAAGAUCAAGAAAGAGCAAGCCAAAUCGGAGAACGGAGGAGAUGCCCCGCUUGUCCAGGAGGCCAAGCGGUAUAUUGAGAUGCACGCCUUUUUGCCCGAGUGGCGCCAGGAGAACUGGCCGCUAAUCUCCCAGAUAAUGGUAGCCAUCGAUGCUUUGCGCUGGGACCUGACCAAUUUCGAACAGAUCCGCGUGGAUACUUUGGGCCUGGCGGUCCGCUAUUGGAGUCGGGGCCUUUCCCACCUCAAGAUCUUGGGUGAGGAAUUCCGACAGAGAAUCUUCAAUUUAGCUGGUAAUUUGAGGCACAAGGACUUCUGGGUGGUCAACCUGGAGGAAGCCAGCUCCAGUUACGGCAGGCGGCUCAUAAGAUUGCUGACACAGGCCAGCGGAACGGAGGCCACCAUACUCUUCGCCAAGGUCCUGAUCAACCGCACUGAUUGUGCGGUGAUGGAGGAGUUAAGCGAUGCAGUGGAGCAGGCCAAGUGCGAGUCGGCCUUGCAGGCCUUCAAGUUCCUUUUCCGCAGCUAUUUAAUCGCCUACCGAAAGCAUGUCCGGUUCAUCAAGCCGAGUAGGAAGCGCCAUCACUGGGACCAUUUGAUGACCGUUGUGGCAAAAGCUCCCUCCUCAAUUCGCAACGAAGUGCUGGAGGAGGCUCAUCAGGCUUUCGCUGCGCGUUUGCGCAUUAAUCCUAAGGAGCAGGACAAACAGAAGUCCUUGGAGAACGAGGAGGUGCUGUAGACUUUUCAUAUUCCAAACCAAAAUCACAGGCCCGCCACUUGUCUAACAUUUAGAACAGUGGGAAGCGGCCUCGUACUUAUGAAAUGUAUUAUGUAUGAUAACUUGUCAUACUUAGUUGAGGAGCAAAAAAGAAACAAAAUAAUUUGAUAUUUUUGUAAUACCUUGAAAAGGACGAUCACAAUGAAUUUUUGAAAAAGUAAUCUCUUUAUUUAUUGUUUAAGAGCAGGCAUAUGUUAAAUAAAAUGUGCUAUGAUCAACCA